AUGAGUUCUUCCUCAGACGAUUUGCUCAAGCAAACGACGCCUACUCUCAAGGUUGUGCUUCUAGGAGAUCUGGGUGUAGGGAAAACAUGUCUUCGAUCACAGUUUGUACAUCAUGUUUUCACCAACGCGUACCGAGCGACCAUCGGAGGAGACUACUUGACCACUACCGUCACCCUUCCACCAGAGACUCCAACUCCAUCCAGUUACAGAAUGGAACACGAGCUUGACGAGAGCAGAUCCAGCGAUGAACUUGCUAAAAAACGUACAAAAACGACUGCUCCCAGAGUCGUAAACCUCCAGAUCUGGGAUACGGCUGGACAAGAACGGUUCAAUUCCAUAUCUAAAGCUUUCUAUCGAGGUACAGAUGUCGUAGUAUUGGUUUAUGACAUCACUAACUACGAGUCAGUUCUCAGCAUACGUGACUGGUUCAAGCGGUUUAUGGAGUUUUGCUUUGUAGAAAAGCCAGGAGUCAUUAUCGUAGGAAACAAAGUCGACAAAGUCAAUGAAAGAUGUGUAGACUUGGAAGAGAUUCAGGAAAUCAUCACAGCAAACACUGAUGUGAGUGUAGGCGACUAUGUUGAAGAUUGGGAAACAGAUUUGCGGGAAGUCACAUCUAAAAGGCUCGACCAAGUGGAGGCUCUUUUCACUCAAGUAGCGAAGGUCGGUGUAGCAGUCACCGAUGGCGGAGUCAAAAAGAGAAACCUCAAAGGUUUUGACAGAAUCGACAUAAACACCCUCAAUACGCUCAACAACUCGAAUACCACAUCAUCAAGGUGUUCAUGUUAA